AUGGUACAGACUUCGGGACUAGCUUCGGAGAAUGCACCAGAAAGACCACCUGCGACUGGUAGUUUGUGGAGAAUAUCAGAUAAACCUCCAGCGCAUGAUCCAGAAGCACAAUUGGAACUACCACCGGUACUUAACAAACUUCCUAAUAUUCCUCCAAGCAAACCUCCAGCAAUAGGAACGUUAUUUAACAUGUUGCCAGCACCAGCCGUGGAUCCAGCACCUGAAGUUGCGGCACUUGCGGCAUUUGAAGCACUAGAUGCUUGGGAUCCAGCACCACUUGCAGCAUCUGUAGCUGAUCCAGCAGUACUAGAAGCAUUUGCAGCAGAUCCAGCAGCACUUGCUGCGUCUGUGGCUGCUCCAGCUGCGGCAGUGCUUGAAGAAUUGGAAGCACUUGCUGCUUCUGAACCAGCCGCUGUACCGGUUCCAGCAGCACUUGAUGCCUCAGAAGCUGCUCCAGAACCUGCAGCACUUGCUGCGUCUGCGGCAUAG